AUAGUUCUGUUUUUGACGUGUGUACAUGCUGACACGGCGGCGGGUGUGCAGAUCUCUGCGAAGACGCGGCAGUGGCGAGUCUGUGCGGAAAUAGCACGUACUGUGCCGCUAGAACGUACAGGUUUGAGCCUACAGAUAUCGAGGGGUGCAGCGGUGUCUUAAACAAGACUAGUUGUUUUUUUCGUUGUAAACAAGGUUUUCCAACUGCAAAAGAAUGGCCGGGCUUCAAUGGAUCAUCACGUUGUUAUCAACUCUUCAAUGCGUGCGGUUAGGGCAAGCAAAUGUCAUAUCUUCCGUGCCGAUAACAUGCCCGGCUUACUGCUCUUGCUACGGGGAACAUAGAGUGGACAUUUAUUGUGGAUAUCUGGCGGAUGAUAGCUUUUCGGGGUUACGCCAUGUGCCGAGGAAUUUUCCCAUGCAAGUCAGCCUUCUCUCUUUGUACAAUAACCUGAUCUCCACUAUCCAUAGCAACGCUUUUAGGAAUUUGACUGCUCUCAGGAGCUUGAACCUUGGAGCCAACCGGCUGUCGGUGUUACCGAGAAGUGUGUUUCGUGACCUUGCGUCAUUGCGCUCACUGGAUCUAAGUGCCAAUCGCUUGUCAUCGCUUCCGGAAGACACGUUUGAAGGACUGUCCUCACUACAGGACCUGUUUCUUGAUUUUAACCGCCUACGUGCCAUACCAGAGACUACAUUCCAUGGAUUAGCAGCGCUUCAACGGUUACGUUUGCAUAAUAACAAUUUGAAAACUUUUUCCGAGCGAACGCUCCAAGGCACGCUCUCAUUAAAAAGCCUCCAAUUGAAUAAUAAUUUAUUGACUCGCAUCGAGCCAGGCACGUUUCGCAACCUUCGCGGUCUGGAGAUUCUGUACUUGAACAAUAAUAACAUCACCGAGCUAGAUCAACGACUAUUUGCGAGGACGCCGUCGUUGAAAUUAUUAUUCGUGAGUUUUAACAGCCUCGCUACGCUACCCCGGGGCUUGUUUUAUUCACUUUCAACGGACGCUAAAGUUUCACUACAUAAUAAUCCUUUUGUUUGUGACUGCAAGCUUAGUUGGCUCAAACAAUGGAUCAGGACGCGAAGUCUUAUAUAUUCACUUAAUUUAAUCAAGUGUUCUUCGCCUCCCGGUUUGGCUGGACAGCCGGUCACCGCCGUCCCGGAUUCGCGGUUUGUGUGUGAAUACGGCGAGUGGUCUGAAUGGGGGGCAUGGACAUUUUGCUCGUCUUCCUGUGGUGGUGGGAAGCGUAGGAGUAGACGUGCGUGCGAGAAAACCACCGAAAUACUAGUAAAAGAUGGCGCCGGUUGCCAGGGGAGUGGCCUCCGAGAGGAGUCGUGUAACCUCGCCCCUUGUCCUACUCACGGAGGCUGGGGCGCCUGGACUUCCUGGACAAGAUGCAGCAGUACCUGCUUUAUAGGGCAGCAGCUGCGAACAAGAAACUGCACCAAUCCGAUCCCGCAUUUCGGCGGGGAAAAGUGUGUAGGAGCUGCUAUGGAAAAACGAGUAUGUAAAGAGAAAGUCAAGUGCGCGAAAAUAGGGGAAUGGAAUGCGUGGACCGCAUGGUCAGAUUGCAGUGUUAGUUGCGGCGUGGGGGCUCGGUACCGUAUACGUGCUUGUCCGGAUUCGCAAGUGUGCGCUGGGAAUGCAACGGAGUCAUCUUAUUGUUAUUUGGGCCCUUGUCCCGUGGAUGGGGAAUGGAUGCCAUGGUCUGAUUGGUCGGAAUGCAGCCACACCUGUGGUAACGGAUCUAAGGUGAGGACACGGACCUGCGUUAAGCCUUUAUACGGAGGGCUAAAGUGCAGUGGCCAGCCAUCUGAGGUCACAAAUUGCUUAAUAAAGAAUUGUCCGAUACAUGGUGGUUGGACGUCUUGGGGUUCCUGGUCAAGUUGUAGUCAAUCUUGCUCAAAUGGUACCCGGACGAGAAAAAGGACGUGUUCGAAUCCCAGUGCAAAACACGGAGGUAAUAAUUGCACUGGUAAUCCAUCCGAGAUCGCAAUUUGCUUAAUAAAGAAUUGUCCGAUCCAUGGUGGCUGGACUUCUUGGAGUUCCUGGUCAAGUUGUAGUCAAUCAUGUUCAAAUGGUACCAGGACAAGAAAUAGAACGUGUUCGAAUCCCAGUGCAAAACACGGAGGCAAUAAUUGCACUGGUAAACCAUACGAGGUUACAAGUUGCUUUUUAAAGUAUUGUCCGAUCCAUGGUGGCUGGACUUCUUGGAGUUCCUGGUCAAGUUGUAGUCAAUCAUGCUCAAAUGGUACCAGGACAAGAAAUAGAACGUGUUCGAAUCCCAGUGCAAAACACGGAGGCAAUAAUUGCACUGGUAAUCCAUCCGAGGUCGCAAGCUGCCUCUUAAAGAAUUGUCCGAUCCAUGGUGGCUGGACUUCUUGGAGUUCCUGGUCAAGUUGUAGUCAAUCAUGCUUGAAUGGUACCAGGACAAGAAAUAGAACGUGUUCGAAUCCAAGUGCAAAACACGGAGGUAAUAAUUGUACUGGUAAUCCAUCCGAGGUUGCAAUUUGCUUCUUAAAGAAUUGUCCGAUCCAUGGUGACUGGACGUCUUGGAGUUCCUGGUCAAGUUGUAGUCAAUCAUGUUCAAAUGGUACCAGGACAAGAAAUAGAACGUGUUCGAAUCCAAGUGCAAAACACGGAGGUAAUUAUUGCACUGGUAAUCCAUCCGAGGUCGCAAUUUGCUUCUUAAAGAAUUGUCCGAUCCAUGGUGGCUGGACUUCUUGGAGUUCCUGGUCAAGCUGUAGUCAAUCAUGUUCAAAUGGUACCAGGACAAGAAAUAGAACGUGUUCGAAUCCCAGUGCAAAACACGGAGGCAAUAAUUGCACUGGUAAACCAUACGAGGUUACAAGUUGCUUUUUAAAGAAUUGUCCGAUCCAUGGUGGCUGGACUUCUUGGAGUUCCUGGUCAAGUUGUAGUCAAUCAUGCUUAAAUGGUACCAGGACAAGAAACAGGACGUGUUCAAAUCCUAGUGCAAAACACGGGGGUAGCAAAUGUACUGGGUUAUCCAGAAUUAACGAGGAUUGUAAUUUGGCUCCGUGCUAUCUUAGUAAAGGUUGGAGUGGCUGGUCUAACUGGUCAGAAUGCACUAGAUCAUGUUCUAAUGGUACAAGGUCUCGUACAAGGAUAUGUUUGGAUGCAAAUGUCACUACAGCCCUUAGAAACUGUUCUGGAGGAUCUAAAGAGGUCGAUACUUGUAAUAUUCAUGCAUGUCCGGUUCAUGGAGGGUGGUCGGAGUGGACCACCUGGUCUCCUUGUAGCGUUAGUUGUUCUAAUGGAACGAUCAGUCGGACUAGACACUGUAGCAACCCUUCACCAAAGUAUGGCGGUAAAAACUGUAGUGGUGUGAAGAACAAGCGGAGACCUUGCGCUCAGAAACCAUGCCUGGUAAAUGGUACUUUAACUAACUGGUCAUCAUGGAGCUUAUGCAGUGUUUCGUGUUCUAAUGGAACAAGAACUAGAUCACGCGAGUGUGUGAGAAAAUCCACCAGCCCAGCCGAUUAUAUUGCUAGAUGUAUUGGGGAGCUGAAUCAAACAAAACACUGUUUUGAAGGCCACUGCCCGAUCUCCGGGGAGUGGUCUACAUGGAGCGAGUGGAGCAGCUGUAGUAGAUCAUGUAACAAUGGUACCAUGUUCAGAAACAGGACAUGUUCUCAGCCUCUGUAUGGAGGAGCGCCCUGUCCUGGUAGAAAUAUCCAGGUAUCACCUUGUAAUCCAACUGAUUGCCCCUCUUACUGGAGUAACUGGUCCAACUGGACGGACUGUAGCGUAAGUUGUAGUUCAGGACAACAGGUUCGCUACAGAGAGUGUUUGAAAGAAAAUGUUAGAGUUAAUAUUACUAAAUGCAAUGGUACAAAUGCUCAAUCCAGAACGUGUGCAUUCGCCCCCUGUCCUGUGAAUGGUGCAUGGAGUUCCUGGUCUGCAUGGUCCGAUUGUUCAAAAACGUGUUCUAUUGGUGAGCAGAUACGAAUGCGUAAUUGUACCGAGCCGAGAUUCGGAGGCACGCCGUGUAAAGGCGCUAAUAUGUCGGCGAUGGUGUGUUACCAAAGAGCGUGCCCAAGUACCUGGUCUUCCUGGUCUAAUUGGACGUCCUGCUCGGUGUCAUGCGGGAGUGGGGUCCAAGUGCGAACUCGCUCUUGCGAAAAGGCUGGGAAUGUAAGCGAUUCGUGCCCGGGUAAGAACGUAGAGAUGAAGGAAUGUAUAGUAUCGUGCGAUGCACUUCGAAGCAAGGAAGCCAAAUGGAUGCCGUGGUCACCAUGGACGCCUUGCUCAGCUACAUGUGGGACGGGCCAUCAAAUGAGAUGGAGGUUCUGCUUCCCCCUAUCAUCGAGCAAAAAUGAAUCUGGCGAGUGUAAGGUAAAGUCUCCGUAUCGAGUGGAGUCGAGAUUCUGCUUCAAGUCGCCGUGUAACUAUAGCUCAGUGUGGACGUCAUGGACUCAAUGGGCUGGCUGCUCCAAGCCAUGUACCUCGGGCAUCCAGCGGCGUGUAAGGUACUGUCUCAGCCAAGCAGUCGGUAUCGAGUGUAAAGGGAAAAACGUGGAACUUAGUCCGUGCUAUACUGAAUCAUGCCCGACUACAAAGCCCAUUACCUACCCGCCGCUCAUCAAACUAGGGUCACCUAUACCGUGCCCGGAUCCUGGGACCCCACUCAACGGGAGGCGGAAAUUCAUCGACCAAAUAGAGUUUGGUUCAUACUAUGUCGCAUAUUUCUGCCGGAAGAAUUACUAUUUAGAUGGUCCGAAAUUCCGGCACUGUGAAAGCAAUAACAAAUGGUCGGAUGCCCUUCCUUCCUGCCGUCCGAUCUGUGGUGAGACUUCCAAACCGACCAAUCACAAAAGGCUUCGUAUAUACGGGGGUAGCGAUUCUAUCCCUGGGGGGUACCCCUGGCAAGUCGCACUAGAAUUCGAUACAUUUCAGUCCAAUUACAACACGUUCCACUGCGGAGGAACGCUGAUCGCAGAGGACUGGGUACUAACAGCCGCGCACUGUGUUGUUUACAAGGAUAGCGGGAUACCGUACCACGGGCUGCGUGUUUUCUUGGGCGUUCAUGAUAUCACCGCGCGCCAUAUGGACGAACAUGUACAGAUUAUUCCAAGCGCUGGGAUCUAUUCACAUCCGCGGUUCAGCUGGAGGACGUAUGACUCUGACAUUGCACUUAUUAGACUGCGCUGGAAAGCCAACAUCACGGAGUACGUUAGGCCUGUGUGUCUGCCUAAUGGAUACCAGCGACGACUUGUGAAGCCGCGUGCAAAAGGAGUCAUGUUAGGGUGGGGAGUGACUGAGAACAAGCGACCCUCCAAGACGCUUAAGGAGGCGAUUGUUCCCGUCGUGAACCACAACGCAUGUAAGAAGGCGUACGAGAAUGAAACUUGGCCAGUGACGUCAAACAUGCUGUGCGCGGGGUACAAGAACAAGUCACGUGACUCGUGUAACCGCGAUAGUGGCGGUGGGUUCGUAUUCUACGAUUCAAGAGCACGCAAGAGGAAAUGGUUCAUCGGGGGGAUUGUCAGCUGGGGAAACCCCAAGUGUGGGGUCCCAGGGAAAUAUAGCGUCUUCACCCGGGUUAAUCACAAAUUUGUUAAAUGGAUCAAGAAAAAUAUGAAGGCUAAUGACAGUCAAGAGCCUAACUAGAAUUGUACUUUAUAUAUACGACGUUACAGAAUCCAGGGCGACUCUAGCUGGACUGCCCGUGGACGCCUGUAGAUAACUGUUACCCGCGGGACUAAUCCCGCAGACUCCCGAGGGACCCCUUGUCAUGCGGGGCUUACCCCACAGAGGCCCGUAUGUAUCCGUUACCCGCAGGAGUCCCGAGGGAGAGCUUGGACACCGCUGACACGAAUUCGCAUUAAGUUAUUGUUCAAGUUGACAAAGUUCUACAAAAAACUGACUUUAUGGAAAAGCUAACAUUAUUACGAAUAAAAAGCUUAUUUAUGAUUAAUAUAAUUUGCUAUAAUGGACUUGUAUUUACAUUACUGUCUAUAUUCUACUGUAUAUUGGAAAAAAGAACAUGGAUGAAUAUAUGGGAGGAAAAUAUUAAAACCAAUAUCGCGAUGUUAUCGA